GGUGUGUAUAUUCUGAUCAUAGCAGGCAGUCUAGUGAUGUUGGUGGGAUUCUUUGGCUGCUGUGGAGCCGUACGAGAGUCACAGUGUCUGCUGGGGUUGGUGAGUUGACACACAGACACCAGUCUCAUUUCCCUGAGGAAAAAACUGGAUCAAGCUAGCUAGAUAAUUAGGAUCAGGCUAGCUAGAUAAUUAGGAUCAGGCUAGCUAGAUAAUUACGAUCAGGCUAGCUAGAUAAUUAGGAUCAGGCUAGCUAGAUAAUUAGGAUCAGGCUAGCUAGAUAAUUAGGAUCAGGCUAGCUAGAUAAUUAGGAUCAGGCUAGCUAGAUAAUUAGGAUCAGGUUAGCUAGAUAAUUAGGAUCAGGCUAGCUAGAUAAUUAGGAUCAGGCUAGCUAGAUAAUUACUCAGCUCUAGACUGAACUCAGAAUCUUCAGUAACACUUUAUUUUAAGGUGCACAUAUUAGCCACUAAUGUGUAGUUUAUCAGUGUGUAAUUAACUAGCUUAUAAGGCCUUUAUUAGGUCUCAGAUAUAUAUUAAGCCUUAACUAAGUGAUUUCUUAUUCAAACAUUAAGUCAUGUAUAACUGGCCAAUUCUUAAUAACAUCAUUAUUAGCUAUAAUAAAGGCAUAUUAAUGUUAAUAAAGAGCAAGUUACACAAGAAAAACUCUGUCUCAAUGUGGGACUAAUAAGGGAUAAGUACCUUAAUAUGUUCUCCCUAUUCUGAAGUGUGACCAUGUUUUUACUUGCAGAAAAACAGUCCAGAAAUGACCUUAUUGGACAGAAAGGGGCACACCUCUCCUCAUAUAUGCCAUACAGAAAUCACUUAGUGAAGGCCUAGUAUAUGGCUAAUGAGGCCUUAUAAGCUAGUUAUAUACACACUGAUAAACUACAGAUUAGUGGCUAAUAUGUGCACCUUAAAAUACAGAGCUCAAGAUGAAGCCAGAUCAGAAACCAUGGAAACAGUAGACUCUAACCUGCUUUGUGUUCCAGUUCUUUGAAGCUAGAUCAGAAACCAUGGAAACAGUAGACUCUAACCUAUCUUUGUGUUCCAGUUCUUUGAAGCCAGAUCAGAAACCAUGGAAACAGUAGACUCUAACCUGUCUUUGUGUUCCAGUUCUUUGAAGCUAGAUCAGAAACCAUGGAAACAGUAGACUCUAACCUGUCUUUGUGUUCCAGUUCUUUGAAGCUAGAUCAGAAACCAUGGAAACAGUAGACUCUAACCUGUCUUUGUGUUCCAGUUCUAGAUCAGAAACCAUGGAAACAGUAGACUCUAACCUGUCUUUGUGUUUCAGUUCUUUGAAGCUAGAUCAGAAACCAUGGAAACAGUAGACUCUAACCUGUCUUUGUGUUCCAGUUCUUUGAAGCUAGAUCAGAAACCAUGGAAACAGUAGACUCUAACCUGUCUUUGUGUUCCAGUUCUUUGAAGCUAGAUCAGAAACCAUGGAAACAGUAGACUCUAACCUGUCUUUGUGUUCCAGUUCUAGAUCAGAAACCAUGGAAACAGUAGACUCUAACCUGUCUUUGUGUUUCAGUUCUUGAAGCUAGAUCAGAAACCAUGGAAACAGUAGACUCUAACAUGUCUUUGUGUUCCAGUUCUUUGAAGCUAGAUCAGAAACCAUGGAAACAGUAGACUCUAACCUGUCUUUGUGUUUCAGUUCUUUGAAGCUAGAUCAGAAACCAUGGAAACAGUAGACUCUAACCUGCUUUGUGUUCCAGUUCUUUGCCUGCCUGCUGAUCAUCUUCGGCGCGGAGGUGGCUGCUGGUGUGUUUGGCUUCUUGAACAAAGACAAGGUACCCAUGAUGCACCGUGCCACUCCACCACGUUACCUACCACAACUGGUGACGCCAUUGUGGUCCCAACUGUCUUUUAUUGUCUUACUUCAGAUAGCGUGACAACUCCUGUCAGAAGAUAAUGAUUAUCAUUCUUUUAUUUUUAUGGUCUUGUCUGAUUAUUUUCUCACAGAUUAUCAAAGAUGUCCAGAACUAUUACGUCAAAUCCUACAACGACGACAACAACAGCACAAUGAUACAGAACUCCUACCACAAAGUUGUAAGUACAUUAACAUUUUGUCUGGUGAAAAAAACUAUGCAUACAAACAAUAGUACACACGACAAAAGAUGCAUAGCAUAAGACUUCUUGUUGACUUCAAUGAUACCAAACUCUAGUAGAACUACCAAUUUACAGUGCCCUCCAUAAUUAUUGGGACAGUGACAUUUUUUGUUGUUGUUUUGGCUCUGUACUCUGGAUUUGAAAUGAUACACUAUGUGGUUAAGGUGCAGACUGUCAGCUUUCAUUUGAGGGUAUUUUCAUCCAUAUCUGUUGAACCGUUGAGAAAUGACAGCAUUGUUUGUACAUAGUCCGCCCAUUUUAGGGGACCAAAAGUAUUGGGACAAAUUAACUUACAUGUGUAUAAAAGUAUUAAGAAGUGUAGUAUUUGGUCCCAUAUUCACAGCACACAAUGACUACAUCAAGUUUGUGACUCUACAAACUUGUUGGAUGCAUUUGCUGUUUGUUUUGGUUGUGUUUCAGAUUAUUUGGUGCCCAAUAGAAAUGAAUGGUAAAAAAUAUAUUGUGUCAUUUUGGAGUCACUUUUGUUAUAAAUAAGAAUAUAAUAUAUUUCUAAACACUUCUACAUUAAUGUGGACGCUACCAUGGUUACAGAUAAUCGUGAAUAAUGAUGAGUGAGAAAGUUACAGAUGCACAAAUAUCAUAGCCCCCCCCCCCCCCCCAAAAGAAAUGCUAACCUGCCCUGUUAUUGUAAUGGUGAGAGGUUAACAUGUCUUGGGAGGUAUGAUAUUUGUGCGUCUGUAACUUUCUCACUCAUCAUUAUUCACGAUUCAUUCAGGACUAUCCGUAACCAUGGUAGCAUCCACAUCCACACUCCCUCCUCUCUCCCCUGUAGCUGAACUGCUGUGGGACGUCCCAGAGCUUCUGUCCCGAGGCCCCAGCUGACACCAAGGUGGGGCUAAUGACAGUAGCUAACUACCUAGAUAGCCAUCAUCGCUAAAGAUUGGAACUUUCCUUUUAAAUCUUUAUUUUGUUCUUACGUGUGUGUGUGUGUGUGUGUGUGUGUGUGUGUGUGUGUAGAACUGUGAGGUGGGCAUCAAGGAGUUCUUCAACAGUAAACUCUACAUCAUCGGUUAUGUGGGGAUCGGCAUCGCUGGAGUCAUG